AUGGCUUCUACAUCUCGUCAACCACUGGCUUCUACUUCUCGUCAACCACAGACUGAGAUAGUAAAUGCUUUCGCUGGGCUUGCUCCACCAUCUGCAUCUGCAUCCACUUCUGCUACAACCUCAUCGCCAUUGCCCUGCAAUGUUUUCAUUAAUCAUCGGGGACCCGAUGUAAAACACAAGCUGGCCACAGAUAUCUACAAUGCCCUCACUAAUAUGGGUCUUAAUGUCUUUCUUGAUUCCCACAAUCUUCACUUGGGGGAUCGCUUUCCUGAAGCGCUACAACAAGCAAUGUCUCGUGCUUCCCUUCAUUUAGCAAUAUUUUCUCCCACAUAUGCACAGUCCCCUUGGUGUCUUGCCGAGCUUUCGUUUAUGCUCAAGACAGCCACACCUAUCAUUCCUAUUUUCUACCGAGUCCAACCGAACGAUCUCCGCCAUUUGAUUCAUGGUAAAGGGAUCUACGCAGCAUCCUUUUUGGAGCAUGAGAAAAAGGGUAGAUAUAGCAUACACAAGCUUCAGGAGUGGAAGAUGGCACUCCAUGAGGUCUCAUUUUAUACGGGAGAAAGCAUCGAUAAUUAUGAGUAA